UGGCACUGCACAUGUUGUCAUUUAAAUAGUAAAGUCCAUCGUAAUAUUUAAGUUUGUUUGCCACGAAUUUGUUUACAGUUGGGAAUGUAGCAACAUUUCAGUUUUACAGAUUUCAGUAGGAUUGAGGAAAUGCUUAAGAUUAUGAAAAUUUGUUAAGACAGGAUUAUGGAAUUAGAAAGUGAUUCCUCUGCUGAAAUACCAUUAUUAAAUGGAAUUAAUGAAAUUUUAAAGUCAGCCAGCUCUGAGAAUCUGGAAAAUGAUAAGACUGAAAUUGCCUGCUUGCAAAACUUUACAUCUGAUGAUGCAAAUGAUACUUAUAUGCAGUCAGAAAUAUCAGCAUUAGUGGAGAUUUUUCGGAAUGUUACUCAGCAGAGAAUUUUAGAUGUAGAGAACAGUAAAUUGGAUUUGAGCAAAAAAAAUGAAGAAAAACUGAAGAUUUUAGAAACAUACUUGGACCAGUUGCAUGAACAAAAUGAAAUUUUGGUAUCAACAAUGGUAGAACUGGAAAAAGAAGCUGAACAAAGAGUCAGACAAAUGGAAAAGCGAUUAAAGUCCAGCGCUAAAUCAACAAUGGAAGCAGUUAUCAAUGUCCACGAAUGUGAAAAGGAAAUGAGAAGACUUGUUGAAGAACGUUUAUAUAUCGAAUCACUUUUCAAUAACAUGCAGCAUGAAUUUUCUUCUAUUAAAGAAGAAAACAGUAUUCUUCGUGAUCAGAAUUGCAAUUUAAAUCAUGACGUACAAGCUUUAUUGCAUGUGAUUCAUCACGCUCGUUCUACCGGUCAUUGGGAAAUGAAUUGUGUGACAUUCUGUGAAGUGACUCCUGAACAAGUAUUUGGUCCUGUGCAAUCCAUCUCACAUGUAAAUUCCUCCCACUCUCCGCAGUCUGAUACUCAUUUGGCUGAGAAAGAAAAAAAGACUGCAAAUUCUGCUGUUUCUUCACAAGAGAUUUUAAAUUCAAGCACAUCAACUCCAAGUUCUAGCCAGUCCAAACCAUUAGUAAUUAAUUUGCUUCUGGAGAAAGACAAAAAAAUAGCAUUAUUGGAAUCACAUGUUUCUGAACUUCAGCAUCGGUUAACAUCCAAGGACGCAGAAUGUGAAACUCACCUAUGGAAAUUAGGAAUAUUAAUGCAGCAAAAUCAAAACAGAACAGAUGUCUUCCACUCUGGGGCAUCACCUUGUGAUUUACCCAUACCUAAAUGUGUUUCCUUCCCAGAUAUUGGCAAUAUUUAUAGUUAUGAUAAUGUAAUACAGAAAUCGCACUCUUGCAGAGCAAUAAGUAAUAUUGUAAAUCCAUGUCUAGCCAUUUCUCCAAAACACAACGUGGCCAAUACAAGCCCAUGUUAUAAGAAAAAUGAUGACAGAUCAGAAUCCCAGUUUUGUAGAACAACAAAUAAAAAGACUGAACAUCCCUUUGCUGUCCAUAGAGCACAAAGUGAACCAUAUUUGUUCAUGUUUGGUGACAGUAUUUAUGUAUAUAGGCCUUGUGAGCCAAUCAAAAAAGCAUCCAAUGUUCCUUUGCAUGAUGACUAUCAGCUUAGCCUUCCACCAUGUCAAAGUAUUGAUUUAAAGUUUCCUACAGAUGACUCAAACCUUGAAGACUGGGAUUUGAUGUGUAAAAACGGGUGUAUCCCUUUUCCUGAUAAUUCUUUUUGUGAGGUUGCUGACUCUUGUAGUUCUUGCACCUCAAGUGAUUCAGAAGUUAUGAAUAAUUCUAAAGAGAUGCUCUUCAGCAAUAUACAGUCCAGGGAUAAAAGCAAGUGUCCAUCAUCAGUUCUACUGGGACACAGAAAUUUUUGUCAUGAACAUAACUUCUCUGUUUCACUGUCAAAUGAAAAAUCUACCUCCAAGAGCGAAAAACAUGCUGAACUUGUGUCAUCAUUUGCUCAAACAGAAGGGUACAAAGUAACUGCAAAAUCUGUUUGCUUACAGACUGAUAUUAGUGAAAGCAGAAUUGAAGAUAUACAAAGUCAUUUACAGGGAAUGGAUUUAUCCCCACUAAAGAGAAUGAUGCAGGCAUUAAAAGAUAGUGUUAUUAAAGCUGAAGAUAAGGCUCAAGCCAAAGCAAUUCUUAUAGAACAGCUUCAAGGACAUUUGACAUCAACUAUCAAAGAGGUUGAGCUUAAAGAUAAAACAUUGAGUAAUGUUGAAAAAAAGUUAGAUCUAUCACGUAAUGAAUGUGCAUCAUUAAAAGAACAACUUUCUGUUGUGAAUGUUGAACUUCAGCGUGUAUUAAAAGAUCUAGAAGAUGUGCAUAUGCUAAAUGAUAACUUGAGACUAAAGUGUGAUGCUAAAGAAGAAAAAAUAGAAGAAAUUUAUGGUGAACAAAAAUUGCUGCAAGACCAAAAACGUGCUUUAAUGAUACAGUUAGAUGCCCAGGAUGAUGAAUUGGAAAAUACCAAAACGGAAUUAGCAAUGAGUAAACUUAAAAUUGAAUCUUCAGCUUUGCAAAUUAAGCAACAAAGUCAAAUUAUAAAAAGUCUUCAAGAAGCUCUUGUGCAAUCUAAGCGGGCAUUUGAUGCAGCAUAUCCAAAGAAAUCUUUAUUUCCUGUGAGUUCUAGCUCGGAUUUACAGACUGCAGUGGGGAAUUCUUCUAGGAGUUCAAUUGUAGAUAUAUAAUACUUCUUUUGUAUAUGUUAUUCAAAAAACAUUCUAUGGCAGCUAGUGCUGUAUUGUUAUAAAGGAGCUAUAUCAGAGUGUAUCAUAACUUGCUAAAAGGCAAUUGUAGAAAUUAUUUUAUUAUAUUUGUACAAAAAAUUGUGUUGUUAUAAAAAUACAUGUCUAAUUACUUUCCACUGCUUUAGAAGUGUUAUAAUUUUAUAUGAAUAUUAAUAUUGAAAAAUAAUUUUUCCCACUCACAAAAUGUAUGUCAUAUUGUUAUUCAUAGCAUUCUUUUUAAUGAAUGUAACAUUAUAGAACUGAUUUAUGUUGUGCUUAUUGAAAAGAAUUGCUUUUUAUAAGUGAAAUAGUUUUAUGGUAAUACUGUGAUAAAAACGCUUUGAAAUGUAAAGGUUCAAAUGAAACAGAAUCUAGUUUAAUUUUGUUUGUUUAUUUGCUAAACGUUUGCAGUCUUUCUUUCGUAUUUCUUUAUGCUGAGAUAAAAUAGUGUGUUAAUGUAUUUUCAAGUUGUUAAUUUUUAUUUUGUUACAGCUAAAGGAAAAAAAGUUUUCUCAAUGAAAAUUAUUUCAGCUGAUGCUUAGGAAAGGAGGAAAAACUGCAAUAUUUUAGUUAUUGUUUUUAGGAAUUUUUAUAAGAUUUUUAUAAAAAUAAUACAGCUAAAAACACAUAUCUUAUAUGAUUGUAAAUUGUAGAUUCUUUCUUUGUUUUAAUGUUAAAUUAAUUUUCAAUGUUUGCUUUACAUUCACAUAUUCAGUUUCUAAUAUUUCAUAGCAUAUUGUAUGUAUGUUUAAAAUUUAUGCAGUCAAAAGUGAAAUGAGAUUUUAAAGAAGAUUGUAUCUGAAAAUUUGUUAGAACCAUAGAAGAAAGGAUUGAGAUAGGUUUUAUUAUUAUAUAUGCUAUUUAUUAAAUUGCUUUUGAAUUUUUGUUUAUUUUAUUUUUAGUUUUUAUUUCCAAACAUCUCAGAUAGGUGUUCAUGUUUUCACUAGAAGUUCUGCUUGUUGACAAUGCCUAAUACUUUGUAUUUAUUUUCCAUGUUAUGAAAGCAUAUUGCUUAAUAUUGUGACAAAGUGGAUUAUUUAAAAAUUAAUUUUAUAUGUACUUUGUAAUAACAUAUUGUAGUAAGUGUUAUUUUACACCGUAAGUGUAGUAAAUGAAAAUGUUUUGUAAUACCCUAUGUUUUGAUUGAAAAAUUUGUGUCUUAGUUAUGUGCACAGUAACAGUAGACAUGUAGUAUUAUUAUUUGUUGUGCACAUUAUUAUGACAACAGAAUUUUGCCGUAUUAAUAUAUUCUCAUUUAAAAGCAUAAUAAAAUCUUACCUUGCACUUUUUUUUUUUUUUUUGUAAAGGAAAGGAUAUGGGAAAUGUGCAGAAGUGUUUAAUUCAUUGCGAAGAAACAUCCACCUCUCUGUGCAUCUGAUUAACUGACCAUGUCUAUAUUAAUCAGCACAGAAUCAGAUAAAAAAGUAUGGGGGAGUAUAUAUUUUUCACUAGUAAGCCUGAUAUUUUAAGUUUAAAAUUUUUUCUGUUUGUGGUGCCUGUUUUGAUGUCUAAGUAACAGCAGGCAUGUAGUAGUAUAUUUUUAAAUUUGUUGAAAUUCAGUUCUAAAUUGUUUGAGACCAAUAUUUUAUGAAAAAUUGCAUCUCAAUGAAGAACUAGUUCAAGAACUCUCUUCUGCUGAAGAAAAAAUAUUCUUCAAUUUUAGAAAUUAAAUGUUCUGAUUAACUUUUGGAAAUUAUUUAUGCAAAAUUCUAUUAGUAUGUAUUAAAUGAAAGGAAGUAUUUGUAAGGGUGCUGAGUUAGAAUGUGCUUAGUAUAUUGUAAAUAUGAUGUAAAUUUCUUGAAAUGUAACCAUAUUAAUUGAACUGCCUGUGCACAAAAUAUUGCAGGUAUUUCAGUCUGACAUUUAUUUAUCAAACUGAAAAUUAAAUUAUUCAUUUGAAAAAAAAUUAAUUUAAAAUGCAGUAAACUACUUUUCAUGGAAUGUCUUUCAUUCUUUCAUAACUACUCUUAAUUAUUAAUUUAUGCUCAUAACAUGCACUAACAUUAUUUAUUGAACAAAUAUAAUUCAUAUGUAAAUAUCUCUUUAGCAGCUCUGUCUCAUUUGCUUAAUGUCUUUUGAAAUUUAUAGUAAAAUUUCAGAUGUAAAUUAAAUUACUUCGCAAUAUAUGUUAAAUUAUCAUUUUAUUGUAUAAAAUUUUUAUAUAUUUUGUAAUAUUUUAUUAUACCAAUUGGUUACUGGUAUUAACUUAUUUGUUUACAGAGAACAUUUAAAAUGUUAUUUUCUAUUCAAAUUAUGUGAUUCUUAAAAUUAUAAUUUGAAUAUGCAUUUUGUAUUAAAAUUUUUCUGUAGAAAUAUGAUUUUUCCUUCAUAUAGCUUAUGUGCAUUUUUUCACAUGCUUUCACUAUUUCUGAUAUAGUGCUGCUUCUUUCUUCAAUAUCUAACAAAGGAGGUCUGUCAGCAUUUAACUGUCAAUUUUUUUGAAAAAAACUAUGUAUGAAUCUGUUCACCUAAAAACACAUGGUAAUUGAAAUAUUAUUUGCUAAAAUAUUGUAAAUAAGUAAAUAGCAAUUUGUAAAUUAUAACAGUGUUUUUGAUGCAGUGCUAUUUGACAAAUUUUCAGAAUUUAGUGUAAAGUGUUAUAUUUGAAAUCGCCAGAUUUCUUCUCAGUCCAUGUCUAUUCACACUUUAACAAUGAUUAAUGUCAAAAGAUAUAUGAUGUUUUUGUCAAUACAAACUUAUUUUUAAGGCAGGAAAGAUAUCCAAGUUUGAACAGUGCUGACAGCAUUUAGUGAAGUUCUGAAAAAGUGAUCUUUUUUGUAAGAAUGUGCAUCAUACCACAUAUGUUUUGCUAUGCAAAUAAUAUCUGUUUCAUGCAGGGGCCGAUUAAGACGGUUGGGAUCGUAGGUACCGAUUUCAUUCAGGGACUCUUAAUAGUUACUUUGUUUUCUUAAGCGAUAAAUAAAUGAUAGACUAUUAUGAGUUAGAGAUAAUUUUUGGCCUCUCUGCCAUGGUCUAGCUGGUAAUCGUGCUCUAGAUUCAUGUGAUAAUCAGUAAAGUUUUUUGGAAUUAAUGUAAUGUAUGGAUGAAGUAUAGUGAAGAAGUGAUCAGAGCGGGAGUAUAUUUUAUAAUAGUUACAUAUACCAUAUUGAAACAAAGUAUGAGAUUGAGUAUAAUAAAAAAAAUGCAGUCUGCAUACCAAAUGCUGAUCAACUGCAGUAACAGUUUGCUGUUGUAUGUUUGUGAGUAACUAUUGAUAAGCAGGCACCAUCCUAAGUAGGGCAUAAGCAGUUUUAAGGAUUUUAAAUAAGGUGUAGAUUGUGGAUAUGCUGAAACACUAAGAAUGAGAUUUGAAUAAAGCAUUGAAGUUUCUUGUAUCAAUUAGAACAUUAUAAAUUUGAUCGCUAUGAAAGCAAUAUGUAUCCAAAACAAAUGUGAAGGAUUCUGCUGAUUUAGAAGUACAUAAUGUUUAAAAAAUUUAUCUGAAACAGUUUAUUGCUGAAAUAGCUGAAAAUUGAAUAUGUUGCCAUAUUUUGUGCAAUAGAUUUGAGAGUUUUCUAAAAUUAUCUAUGGCUAUUUAACAACUGAUUGUAAUCAAUUUUUGGGGGGUUGUGAGGAAUGAUUCAGGGUUGACUGUAUUUUUUUAAAACUAGUCUAGCGUCAAAGUUGCAGACCUUGCUUGUAAGUGGCAGAUAGCAUAAAUUAAUGUCAAAUCAUAUGACAUGUAUCUAUGACUUCAAAUUGUUGUCACUUUCUAUUCAUCUAUCUAAAAAUAUGGAUAGAAAGAAAUGGUUAGCCUACCGAGGUUUGUAAUACAUGUGUGUAUACAAGCAGAAAUGCAGUGCACUCAUUGUUUAUUAAAAAUGUAUUUUUUUAUCAAUGAAUAUUUUAAUAAGAGAUAUAAGAAAGUAUUUUUGUUAUUAAACCUCAUACAGCAAAUUUGUGUAAGAGAUAAGUCUGUUUGAAAGUUAUGUAUAUUUAAGAUUAGGUCAGAAACCUGCAAAUGCAGAUUCUGAAAUGACAUUUGUAUUUAUCACAGUACUUAAAUGAAAAUGAGAAUGAAAAAUAUUCAAUAAACUUGAAUUUAUGUAUAUACUAAAAGUAAGUAAAAUAUGAAAGGUGGUAGUA